GAUUUGUCAUCAAUAUAUAUCAAUUGAGGUCGGCAGCUGGAUGCCGGCUGACCUGACCUUGAGUUGUUUGUUCUUAUAAAUUCGUGCCCGUGACCACCAUCGAGCCAGCCAGCCAUUCCCUUGCCCACUUUCCAUUCCUGCUUGCAUGCUAGCAAGAUUCAUCAGGCAACGACGAGACGAGCAGCAGGCUGUGCCGAUGGCCGUCGCCGCCGUGGCAUCAAGAGGAAGCACGGCGGCGCUGUCGUCGCUGGUGCUCCUCGUCCUCGUCCUCGUCCUCGUCCUGGCCUCCUCCGCGCUGCCCGCGUCCCUCGCCGUGACGUCGCCGUACGUGCGGCCGCCGGCGAGGGCCACGCUGCCGCUGCUGCUCCAGGACGACGACGACGCCGACGGCCAGACGCCGCAGCAGGUGCACAUUUCAAUGGUAGGGCCUGAUAAGGUACGGGUAUCAUGGAUCACCGACGACGACGCGCCGGCGACGGUCGACUACGGCACGUCCUCCGGCGAGUACCCAUUCUCCGCGACGGGGAACACGACGACCUACUCCUACGUGCUCUACCACUCCGGCAACAUCCACGACGCCGUCGUCGGGCCACUCCAGCCCAGCACCACCUACUACUACCGCUGCAGCGGCGCCGCCACCACCACCCCGUCGUCGUCGCGGGAGCUCUCCUUCCGGACGCCGCCGUCCACGCUCCCCUUCAGAUUCGUCGUCGUCGGCGACCUCGGCCAGACGGGGUGGACGGCGUCCACGCUGAAGCACGUCGCCGCCGCCGACUACGACAUGCUCCUCCUCCCUGGCGACCUGUCCUACGCCGACUUGGUCCAGUCACGGUGGGACUCGUUCGGCCGCCUCGUGGCGCCGCUGGCGAGCGCGCGGCCGUGGAUGGUGACGCAGGGCAACCACGAGGUCGAGAAGCUGCCGCUGCUGGAGCCGAAGCCGUUCAAGGCCUACAACGCGCGGUGGCGCAUGCCCUACGACGUCUCCGUCUCCCCCGGCGCCGGCGCCGGCGCAGUGCCGUCGGGCGACAACCUCUACUACUCCUUCGACGUCGCCGGCGGCGCCGUGCACGUCGUCAUGCUCGGCUCCUACACCGACUACGGCGCCGGAAGCGCGCAGCUCCGGUGGCUCCGCGCCGACCUCGCGGCGCUCGACCGCCGCCGCGGCGGCAGGCGGCCGGCGUUCGUGCUCGCUCUCGUGCACGCGCCGUGGUACAACAGCAACGAGGCGCACCAGGGGGAAGGCGACGCCAUGCGGGACGCCAUGGAGGUGCUCCUGUACGGCGCCCGCGUCGACGCCGUGUUCGCCGGACACGUCCACGCGUACGAGAGGUUCAAGCGCGUCUACGCCGGCAAGGAGGACCCCUGCGCGCCCGUGUACGUCACCAUCGGCGACGGCGGCAACCGGGAGGGGCUGGCCGACAAGUACAUCGACCCGCAGCCGGCGAUCUCGGUGUUCCGGGAGGCUAGCUUCGGGCAUGGCCGGCUCGAGGUGGUGAACGCCACCCACGCGCUGUGGACGUGGCACCGCAACGACGACGACGAGCCGGUGGUUGCCGACCAGGUGUGGAUCAACAGCCUCGCGGCCAACCCGGCUUGUAACCGAAGCAAGAAGAAGAUGUAACGCACCAGGACUAGAGAGAUUAAAUUUACUAGCUUGGGAUUAUAGGGAGAUUAAAUUUAAAAACUUGUUGUUGUUCCCCGAAGAAUAUAUAUUCAUAAAUUGGUUGUGUAAUGUAAAUAUUCAUACUUGGAAUGUGUUUUUUUAGGGAACUCGAUUGUGGUUAGUUGCUCACGGUAAAUCUGAAAAGUCAUAGCUGAAAA